AUGAAGAUCAUAAAUCACUUCAGUGUGUUGCGAUCCGUACCCAAGGCAGGGCGUCGGGAGUGGGGCGUUAAACAAAAACACGUACACAAGAAGCUGGUCCGUCCUGAUUGGCCGAGAGCAGCCCCUCGGCUGGAGCGGAGCUCGCUGAUGCAGCAUUCAGUGAGCAGACGUCAGACAGGCGACAUGUGCAGCGAGGGCGCCUGGCCGAAGGACGCGCCGUCCGUCACCGCGGCCAUAGACCACUACAGACUACAGCUGUACAACUAUGCCGUCGCUGAAAGACUUAGAUUAUACCCACCGUCACCCUGCUAUGGACCUUACGCGCCUAGACUGGCUUUAUCAAUGUCCUUACUCCAACAACGCGCGCUACAACCUGAAGAACCUAAACCGCAACACAGCUAUAUAGGACUCAUAGCGAUGGCCAUACUCAGCUCGCCUGAUCGCAAGCUCGUGUUAUCUGACAUAUAUCAACAUAUACUGGACAACUACCCGUACUUUCGUUCCCGUGGACCAGGCUGGAGGAACUCUAUACGACACAAUCUAUCGCUGAACGAUUGUUUCGUUAAGGCCGGCAGAUCUGCUAACGGAAAGGGACACUACUGGGCGAUACACCCAGCGAAUAUAGAGGACUUUAGAAAAGGGGAUUUUAGACGACGCAAAGCUCAGAGGAAAGUUAGAAAGCAUAUGGGGCUGGCUGUGGAUGAUGAUGGGGAAGAUUCGCCCUCACCUCCGCCGCAGUCACCGCCGCCGACAGCGCUGCCAUUGCCUUUCUGGGGCGCCGGCAGACUGCAAGGAGUCCAACCAAGGAAACGGCAGUUUGAUGUAGCUUCAUUGCUAGCACCGGACGACGCGCCAGAGAAACGAGCUAGACCGGACAGCAGUGAGGAAGAAAUAGAAGAAGAUAUAGACGUUGUAGCCAGUGACCAAGAAGAGAAUAGAGAAGAAGAACCACGAAUACCGCUCACACCAGCCGCACACUAUCCUUUACUAGGCGGAUGGUGGCCCGCACUAGAUCCUGCUUUACUCCAACAAUUACGACGCCAAGCAUCACCAUCCCCAAACCCACCGGACCAACGCCUUCCGGACACCUAA